AAUAUACUUGCUGAAGAGGUUGCUGUCAUGGUACUACCGGCGGAAGAUCUCAAAGAACGAGCUGAAGCUGAAGAGUCUUCGGGAGCGAAAGGAAAAGAUCCUGGAACAGGUGAUGGAAACAGAAACUUACAAGGUGGCUAAGGAGAUCCUAGAAACUUAUGCCCCAGACCAACUGCGGAAGAGCCAGGUGCUGAAGCCCCAGCCAGUGGUGCAAACCCCAGCUCAGCGGAUGCCUUCCCCGAGCAGCCAGCAGUCAGAAGUACGAAAAAGAACGGUGAAUUCUGGAACCCCGGCACCCUCUGGCCCUCCAGCAGGGUUAGUGCGGCCCACAGCUGCACCAAGUGGGGGGCACCCGGGGCACCAGGUUCCCUCCCCCGACCCACUCAUGGCAGGGGUCGCAUCACCCCAGGCCAGUAGUAACAAAUGUGUUGUGCAGUUUCUUCCAAUAAUGCCUUGGGGUUGUGACAUGUGUGAUGUGGGCCUUCCAGGUGUCGGUAGUACGAGCCCCCUCCGUGUGUCCCCCUCCCCCGCUGUUUCCCAUGGACCCCCCAGCCACAGCCACCCAAUGAGUGCCAACGUUCCCCCUAGCUAUAGCACACCUGCAUCAGUCCUGCACUCACAUCCUGCACGUCCAGAUCCCUCAAGCACUGGAAACGGCCCCCCUGGCCCUCCCAUGCCACGGCCAGUGCUGCCGAGGGAACGUGGCUACUUUGACCGCUUUGUGGAGUACCUUGUAGGUGAUGGCCCAGCCAACCGCUUUGCCCUUGUGUGCCGCCAGUGUGAGUCACAUAAUGGCAUGGCACUGAAAGACGAAUUCCCAUAUUUGGCUUUCCGAUGUGCUUACUGCUAUUACUGGAAUCCUGCUCGAAAACAGCGUCCAAGUGCACCUCGGCUGGAGGACCUAACACCACAGCCUCCACCCUCACUCUCAGUACCAGAGGAUCAGGAAGAGGAUGAGGAGGAGGAGGAUGAAGAGGAAGAUGAUGAGGAGGAGCAAGAAGAGCAAGAGUCUUCAUCAGGGGAGGAGGAAGAGGAGGAUGAAGAGGAGGAUGAGGAUGAGGAGGGUGGAAUGGAUGAGGAAGAGUCAGGAGGUAGCAGCUCUGGGGAUGAGGAGGGAGCUGCAUCAUCUUCUGAGCAGUCAAGCGCAAAACCCACAUCCAGCCAGGAAGCAGGUUCCUUGGAGGACGUAGCCAAGUCAACCCCUUCGUCCAUCACGUCCUCUGACCCCAGUACCUCCGAUGAUCACCUCCAGCAACCCAACUGCCAUGCCAACUCCUGCACCACUGCCUCUUCCACCACCACCACCACACCCUCUUCAACCACAGAGAAUGAGGAGACAGAGUGAUGCUGCUGCCUUGUGCUGCUGUUAUGCUCUGUUUACCCUGAGCUCUUAGAUCUGUUGACUGUGGUGUCCUUCUGUGCUGCUGCUGCUGCUGUUUAGACUUGCUUAUCUGUGGUAGCUCUAUGUGCUCAUUACCUUCCUUUCUACUUCUCAUGCUGUAUUUUCAUAGGACUUAAUCUCUCCACUCUGAAAGUCAAAAGAGUGAUGGAUGUAUAAACUAAUUACAUGACCUAGCCAUCUCUAUACGUCCUGCCUGAAUUAAAACUCCUUCCCUGACUCUGCCAGCUCCUGCCUACUCCUGUCUGCCUAUCCAAGUGAUGAUACUUAAUGCCAGUUACCAUACAGAUAAUUUUCUACUCAUUAAUAAAGUGCUUUCUCAUGUUAUGCAGCCUUCCUUUGUAGCUGUGUACCCAAAGAGUCCUCUACCAGCCCUCUGGCCUUUUAUCCCUGGUGUUUACAUUUACAGGUUUUUACAACAGUAAUGGGGGAAUUAUUUUCCCCUUUACCAAUCCUUUUCAUGUGUCCAGUGAACUGAGUUGUGUGUUUGUCAAGCUAUAAUACUUUGUUGGUCUUUAUUCAAUCUCUGAUACUUUGUGAUUGAUGGGCAUAUGAACAUUUUGUUAUUGAAGGUUAAGGGCUUUAGGUUGAAAGUACAUGUAUGUGUUUUAAUGAGCAGUCAUUGCAGUGGAGAGGUCCAGGAGAGACCAAUUUAGUGUGUGCCGUGUGUGUGUGUGUGUGCGUGUGCUUGUGCGUGUGCGUGUGUGCGUGCGUGGGUGCGUGCGAGCGUGGGUGCGUGCGAGCGUGGGUGCGUGCGUGCGUGGGUGCGUGCGAUGCACAGUUUGAGAUAUAUUUUAGAGCCUGUUUUUAUGUAUGUUUGAAGUGGUGAUAAAAUAACGGGAUGACUUGGAAGUUUACUGUAGCUCCCUCAGUUGUCCUGCAGUUUCUUAUGUUUGCUAGCCAAUGAGCCAGAUCUUAGGCUAAAUGCUUGUCCCUUUGCUCACAUGCAGGUGCUAUUAGUAUGUCUGUGGCUGGUUAUCAACACAUGUACCUCGUCUCACCUUGACACAACUGUCAGUAGUCAACCAGAUACUUGUCAGAUCUGCUUAAGUGUUUCCUCCAGCCUCUCUAUGUUCUUGUCUCUCUCUGCAUACAGUACAUAAGCAGAAGAGGGACAGAAACACUGAAGGAACACGCUCAAAGCACUUCCAGUUUUCAUUUCGUAUUUGAGAGUUUUACUGAAAUGAUUUAAUUGUCUUCUUUUCCUACUUACUGUACUCUGCAAAGAUUAUCACACACUUGUCCAACAGUUUGUGCUGCUUCCAGUUAUAUAUGAUGAUGUGAAGUAGGAAUGAACCUUUGAACCAUGAUCGUCUAUCUGCGUUGGUAGAAGGUUUGUGUUGAACUCUGUUGGUUGCAUUACUGCUAGACUUAUUGUGUAUCAGUGGAAACCAAGAGAAAUGGAUUAAGUUGGAAUUGUUGGUUAUUAAGAGGGAGGAAGGGAAUAAAUGCACUCUCCACCAAGAAAUAUAUUCAUUAAUUUAAAUUAAUGAAAAGAAAGACAACUUUAUAGUUUUCCUUUUGAUACUGGCAGAUUUUGAAGUUGGAAGAUCAUACAAAUUUUAGUCUAAAUUUUAUCCAGAUUUUGUGAUUUUUGUUUUGCUCUUAUGUACCGUGUUUUACUCAUGUUUCACACACCAUGAAGCUGCAUGAAUAAUUGUAAGCUAUUGCAAAACCACUUCUUAGAUGACUAUAUUGCAUUGCAAAACCACAUAUAUUGCAACAACAAAAAUACCACAACAGGGAAUAACAAACACAAUGGUAGGGGAGAAAAGCUAGUAAUAUAGUAAUAUCACAGCUGAAAUUGACACACACAAUCAGUGAUAACAGAUCAGAAAAAAAUGGUGCCAACUGUUGUUUUUUGUGACAUAAAAAAUAGGAUAACAGUUUUAGAUGAAACAGUAUUUCAUAAAGAUGUGCCACUAAAUCCUACUUUAGUAUGCAGAUAAGUUCAGAGUUUAGAAAGAAAAAGAAGCUGUCAGAAAUCUCUUUGGGGUGCAAGUAGAUAUCAUGUUGAUGAUUACUUGUGUGAGGAACUUUGCUUUUAUAUCUUGUUUUACUUUUAAAUAAAUAUUCUGUCAUAUUUAAGGUAUUGGGGAUAGGAGUGCAAACCUCAGUGAUGCUGCAAAAGCAAGGGCUAAUUGUGAGGACAUUCUUGGUACACAAUCACCCAUUGUUUAUAAAAAAAAAGGGAAAGAAAAUAAUAAUAAAAGGUGUACAGUUUCCCUCUCACUAGAAACACAAGGCCAAGAGUAACUUGUUAUGCUGAUAUGGGUUUCUUUUAUUUUACUAUGUUGAAUAGUUGUUUGUAAAGUGUGGAUUAAGUGUUGUAGCACUCGUCAGUAGCACAAAUGUGGCAUUAGCUCUAGGUCAUGGCAGAUAUGAUAACAUCAGCAGCUUGGGGGACGACCUGAAGUGGCUGGUGGUCAAUGAAUGAAGAUUGCAGGAGCUUUGCUAAUAAGAUGGAGAGACUGGUUGAUAGCUGUUGCUUAGUCUUGUAUUGUACUUCAAUAGCUAACUGGUCGUGAUGUUAAAUAAUUGUCAGGACCUACUCUUACUAUAAUUUUGUUACUUUUCUACCUUUCUACCAUUAUGCUAGUGUCAUUAUGAAAAUGAUUGCCACCACAAAGCUAAACACCUGAGGUGGAGGUCGUCGUUAACGGCACUUGGUUCAUUCAUUGUCCAUGAUAAGAUCAUGGAAAUGGGAAAUAAGGAAUAUGUAAUGUAUAAAGAGAAGUACAAGCCUAGUGGAACUUGCUGUGUUUUGGAUAUACAUUUUUUAAGAUGAAGUAAUACAAAAUUAGGUGUAAAAUAACUGGUGCAUAUAAGGGCUAAUGAAAUGAGAAUAAAGCCCAUACUAACAUUACUUAACAUAUCUUAAUGUUCCUUUUAACAGAAAGCUAAUACAAGUCAUAUUUUCUGUUAAUGUUCUGAAGAGUGUUUGGUGUUAUUGCUCAGAUGGCUUUGACAAGUAUUAGUUCUCAGGUGAAAGAGUUUGUAUCACCUUGGCAAAGAUACUCCCUCUAUCAUCUCACAUGUGGAUGCAGAUCCAAAUUUGCAUCUUUGAUUUUGCAAAUUGAAUCAUGCAUUUUGCAUGUUGUGUGUGGACUUUCUGGUUUAGAGCCAAUACUAAUGCUGUACAACUUUCUUAGAUGGUUUUGAUAUAUAUAAAUCUAAAAAAAAAAUCAUAAUUGUAGCAUUUCAUUGUUGUUUCCAAAUUUAUAGAAAAAAAAUAUAAAUGAAAAAAAAAGUGAGUUUAAAUUUAGAUGAAAUGUUAUCCCUUCUUUGUGUGUUAUAGGAGGUAUAUGGUAAUUAUCAUGCCAAAAUAGAGGAAAUGAGCUUAAUCUCGCAAUAUGGACUAUGAGAGUCCAUUUGUUCUACCAGUAUUAUAAAUGGGUUUCUUAUAUUCAGAAUUGCUACAAUCUGCAGUACCUAAACAUCAUGAUGCUUGAAAUUUAAAAAUAGAAGAGUAUAUUUUCUGAUCUUUAUGGACCUUGUACUUUGAUACUUUGAAUAUUUCUCCCAGGAUUUUAAUCAGACAUCUCAAGGCUUGACCUAAAAUGGGGUUUUGUGCUAAAAGCAUUCUGUGCAAUAGACAAAAGUGAAGCCAUUGUUAUGUAAUAAGAAAUCCAUGGUCACUGGUGCAUACUUCAACUUGCAAUAUUUACCAUUUGGUAGAGCUAACAUGAUGUACAAAUGAUCUUGUUUUCUAGUACUUUGUAUCUACAAAAAUGGCUACACUUUUUUACAAAAAGAUAUGUUGAAAUAUUGAUAAUAUAUUUAAUUUUGCUUUAAAGAUUUAGAUGUGUAGAAAUGUGUUUGUUCUAUAACUUUUAUUCCCCAGAAAUGUUCAAGACGGUCUUUGCCAGGUACGGGGAAAAGACUCACAAGAUGGAAGUGAAUGGUUUUAGAGAUAGAGCAGUUGCCUGGCACUGAGAUUGUCUCCUAAAGUAUAGGUCAUAGUACAGUUCAGCUGUUUGUGAAAGCUUGUAAGAGAGUGCACAGGGGGGAGGAAUGUUCAAUACUUCCCCCAAAAAGUCAGCUUUGAAGUUUGUAUAUUUCUUGUCACUUUGAAGAAAAUAAAUAUAUUUAAAGUUCAGUUUAGAAAUUUUUCUUCAUAUAUACUGAAAGGUAGAUCAUGUUUGUCUUAUUUCCAGUUCAUUCCUCACCUGCUGAUGUUAUCUGGAAUGUUAAAGAGUGCCUUAAUUGUGAUGUAGUGUGCAUAGAGGUGAGUGUCUGUAAUACAGUGUAGUAAUGCAAGAAAAGAGGCACAUACACGGGUUGGGCUUGCAUUUAGCACAAAGGAAAGGUUUUGAAUUGUUUUCAUUUGAGGUUAUUACUUGGAUUAAGAGAACAAUCUAGAUAGUACUGUAGCAAUCAAAUGGAUUUUUUAAUAUUUAAAUGCUAAGCCUGGAAAUUUCUCCAAACCCAUGUCAAUUAGUCAUUUCUUGAAAUAGCUUUCUUUUGAAGUUACAAAACAGUUCAGGAUUUACAUAGAGAUAUAUAAAACUUGUAGAUUAUUUUGUUAUAGUUGUAUUACUUCCUUAGAACAUUUAUAUUUGUAGUUUUAUAUAUUUUUUGCACUGUUUAGUUUAUUGUUUAAAGGAGUGGUUUAAGGAUUAUACAUGAAAGUAUGCUAUUAAAAAUAUCUUAAAUCUCUAUGUAGGUUAGAAGGACCAUAGUUGGUCUAAGCUGAACACUGCUUCUCUCAGUAAACUGGUGAUAUUUGU